UCGUCUUCGUUCGGUUCCGGUCAGUCGUAGUCGUCUGUUCGUGUGUUGCGUUCCGCUCGAAUACCGUUCCCUGAUUACCAUUCUUGAGGAACUUCAGUCGCCGCUCCCCUUUCUGGUAUUUUCCAUCCCGUUCACAACAACAAAAUGGCAGCAAAAAUCAAGGCCGGACCCGUAGUGGAUAUCCUGGGUGACGAGAUGACGCGCAUCAUCUGGGACUCGAUCAAGGACAAGCUGAUCCUCCCGUUCCUGGACAUCGAGCUGCACACGUUCGAUCUCGGUAUCGAGCACCGGGACAAAACCAACGACCAGGUGACGGUCGAUUGCGCGGAAGCGGUCAAACGCUACAACGUCGGCAUCAAGUGUGCCACGAUCACGCCGGACGAGGCGCGCGUCACCGAGUUCAAGCUGAAGCAAAUGUGGCGCUCGCCGAACGGCACGAUCCGUAACAUUCUCGGCGGAACCGUGUUCCGGGAGGCGAUCAUCUGCAAGAACGUGCCGCGCUUGGUGCCGGGCUGGGAGAAACCGAUCAUCAUCGGGCGUCACGCGCACGGCGACCAGUACAAGGCGACCGACUUUGUGGUGCCGAAGCCGGGCAAGCUGGAAAUGAAGUUCACACCGGCCGAUGGCAGCGAACCGGUGACGUACGUUGUGAACGAGUACAAGAGCCCGGGCGUCGCGAUGGGAAUGUACAAUCUGGACGAUUCGAUCCGCGACUUUGCGCAUUCGUCGUUCAAGGUAGCGAUCGAUCGGAAGUACCCGCUGUACCUUAGCACCAAGAACACCAUCCUGAAGAAGUACGACGGUCGCUUCAAGGACAUCUUCCAGGAGAUCUACGACAAGGACUACAAGACCCAGUUCGAGGCACUCGGCAUCUGGUACGAGCACCGGCUGAUCGAUGAUAUGGUCGCGUACUGUAUGAAGGCCGAGGGCGGAUUCGUGUGGGCGUGCAAAAAUUACGACGGUGAUGUCCAAUCGGAUACGGUGGCCCAAGGUUUCGGGUCUCUCGGUCUGAUGACGUCGGUGCUGGUGUGCCCGGAUGGGCGUACGGUUGAAUCCGAGGCGGCCCACGGUACCGUCACGCGCCACUAUCGUCAGUAUCAGCAGGGUAAGGAAACGUCCACCAAUCCGAUCGCUUCCAUCUUUGCCUGGACUCGUGGCCUGCUGCACCGCGCUAAGCUGGACAACAAUGCGGAACUGAAGCGUUUUGCUGAAACGCUGGAGAAGGUGUGCAUCGACACGAUCGAGGCGGGCCACAUGACCAAAGAUUUGGCAAUCUGCAUCAAAGGUAUGGCCAAUGUACAGCGAUCGGAUUACAUGGAAACGUUCGAGUUCAUGAACAAACUGGGCGAUAAUCUAAAGGCCGCCCUCACCCAGAGCCGGCUGUAAGACACGCGUGGUACCACCGGGGGUGGGGACGUGCAUUUACACUGACCACGAAGAUAUUCGCAGUCUCGGUCUUCAUCCAUCAUCGUCUUUUUAUGUUUCGCUCGAGUACUGCCAUGUAAUGGGAGAUACUGAGAAAUAAAAUCAAUGGGUCGUUGGCGUU